AUGCCUUCUCUUUGUGGUUCGAAUCCGUUUGAAAGUAAUAAUCCUUUUGAAAAUGAGUCAGAUGACGCUAUUCAACGUGGUAAACGUGCUUUACGUGAUGAAGUAAUGGCCACACAACGUUACGUGGAGCAUGAAGCAGAAGACGGAAAAGGCAAAGUGCGUCAAUUUUUUAGCGACAUGCGAGCUAAAAGCAAAAACAUUUCUUGCCGAAAUGAAAAGUCCAUACAAGUUGAUGAUGAGCCACCUCGUUAUGCUGUUAAUGGACAUUCUAACACGAAUAACCAACUUCAGCCAACAUCUAAAGUUUGCGUUUUGCUAUAGUUUUGUUCCCACAUCACUUGCAGAUUCCAAUUGAUUUUAUUUUACUUGCGUUACAAACUCACA